AUGCAAGACAUUAUGUCGGGUCCAAAGAGUGACGAUACAGACAUCCUGAUGGAGCUUUUAUCAUCGCCUCCAUCAAAUAUAAUUGAACAAGUGAAUGAAGCACAAAAGAGUCGAAGUAAAGCUAGACUAAACCCACUUUUUUCUUCACCAACACACAAUAGAGAUAAAUGUUCAGAAUUUCACCAUAUCACCGAUAGAGAACUAUCCUCAAGGGGCUCCAUAGUAAAUCCUAAAAAUAAGCACAACAAACUUCGCCAGGUGAGAAACCAAUAUCGGUACGAAAAGCUACUGUUGCAACGAGAAAAGGUUACUGACAAACAAUUCAAACAGGACGUUGAAAGAAAGUACGAUGAACAAGUACGAGAAUUUUUGAAUUGGGAAGACGUUAAUCGACUAAUUGAAGAUGAACGUGAUAUACUAAGUGAAAACAAAAGGAACAGUCUUGAGUUGCAAGAAGCCGAGGCGAGGGCAUGGGAAGAGGAGAUGGAACUAAUGGAGUUGAUAGAGUCUUUGGAUUUAAACAGUUGA